AUGAACCCCCGCGCUCCCGUGAGUUCUUUUAACAACUCUCGCCCCGCGAGCAAAAUCCUUCGUACUCCUUUUAAAGCUGCUCUAGCAGCUCCCUCCUCCUCCUCCACGGCCCAACCAGCAGUUCCUUCUACUCAAGAAGAAGCUACUACCACUCCUUUUACUUAUAGAACCGCCAACCCUCGCCGCCUUUUCGCCGACGACGAUGAACCACCUUCUCUUUAUAAGCCAACCAACCCUCGCAUUCUAGCUAAGUUCAACACUUUUAGAGCCUCCUCCUUAGCUUCCCAAGGUCGCGCUCGUAUCGAGCGGAUCUUUAACCUUGAACAGAAGCUCUUAGACGGCGACUUCUACUUUGUUUUCUCGAAGCUUGCCGCUACCGCCGAAAUCAAAGACGAAGACCGAUUACGCUUUACGACGCUCUACAAGCCAAGUAUAAUACCUAAUUCGCAAAGAGCUUUCACAAUAGAGCUCGUAACGAAUCCCGCUCGACCUAAAGAGCAGCGCUCUAGCGCUAGUGCAGAUCGAUCUAAUCGAUCUAACAAAUUCUCUUUUCUCGGAAACGCCCCCAAGUCAACAAUCAAAACCCUUGGAUCGUCCCGCAAAGACUCGAAUACGCCGAAGCUCCCCCGCUACUACUCAGUUAACGAGAUAGAAUACGGCGCUAGACUUGAAUACGGCCUUUAUUCGGAUGACUCGGACGAUAGGCCCUACUCCGACGCUCUUAAGGAUCACCAAGAGCUCCCUUUUGCUGACUCCGACGCUCCCGACAAUAAAAGAAACCUUCGAGAUAUGCGAUACCUCGACCUCACGAAGCUCCUUGAUAGUAAAGCCAUGACUAUACCCGUCACCCUCACCAAGAAUAGCCUUUCGUACAAGGUAUCUGCUUUGCUCGAUUCAAGAGCUAAUAAUUCACGGGCGGAUCAAGUAGUAAUAAUAGUCGCUGAAUCACCUCCUUCUCUUCAGAAUCGUCCUCUUUCUCUUCGGAAUCGUCCUCCUUCCGCUUCCUCUUCUAAGAUCGUUGAACCCCUUUCUUCUAUUCACCUUUUCAUAAACCCGCUAACACGCUUUAUUAACGGCUCUAUCUUUGCUAUUGACUUUGCAGCGGAACUAUCAAAGCUCAUUAACGACCCUCUUAUCCCUCUCGAGUACUUCGAUUAUAUACACGUAUUCUUUAAGGCCGCUAGCAACGUGCUAGCACCAUAUAGGCCUUACGACUAUAAAAUCGAGCUUUUCGAAAAAGAGGAAAAAGCGCUUCGAUACUCCUUAUUAUAUAAGAUAUCGAUCCUUGAGCUAAAGCUUACUAAAGCCUACCUUAUCGAUAAUCUUAACAAAGGUUUUAUCGAACCUUUAACAGCGCCAUUUGCAGCUCUAGUCUUGUUUGCUAAAAAGCAAGACGGUUCCUUCCGCUUUUAUAUUGACUUCCGCGCGCUAAACAACCUUACUCGUAAAGAUCGAUACCUCCUCUUUUUAAUCGAUAAGACCCUCGCACGUCUCUUAAGAGCUAAAAUCUUUACGAAACUCGACAUUCGGCAAGCCUUUUAUAAAAUACGGAUGGACCCAGCUUUAAAAGAGCUUACAACAUUCAAGAUACGCUACGAUGCUUAUAAGUGCAAGGUUCUCUUAUUCGGACUAAUUAAUAGACCCGCCACUUACUAA